AUGAUUCACCAAAAAUCUAAAGGAAAGAGAGCAGAAAAGGCCACAACAGCAACUACUAAACCAGAACCAGGUGCCAGAACAAUGUCUCAUGCCAAGUUUGUAACUAGGAAAGAGCUCGUUCAUAUCUUGAGAAGUUGUGGAAGCAAUGAAAUUAAUAAACAAUUUCAUUUCUUGGAAGCUGAGAUCAUAAAACUAACAAAUUGUCAAGAAGGGCAAUGUAAGGAAGUGCGAAAAAUAAUAUCACGUUUCAAGGCAGAAUAUAAGUCGCGUUGGUCGAAAGCGUCCAGAAUAAAAGACAGAUUUGAAAGUAAAAAUAAAGAUUGGCUAGAUGUUUCGAUAGCGUUUCCAAAAAAAAACGAAAAUAGGCGUGGGCGCCCAGAAGUGGAUUUCGAGUCUAGCUCUGAACGAACAAAACGAUUAAAAACUAAGGAACUGAGAAAUUGUACGCCAGUUUCUGUGCUAACGUACGCCACGCAAAUGAGUUUGAGGUCAGAAGGACACGUAGAGGCUUCAAAAGUACUUCAGGAAAUAACAUCCACAUCUCCAGAACGAGCUUCUAGAUAUAGAGAUGCCUACAAAAAAUCCUUAGAAUUACAACCACAAUGCAUGUCCGGAGAAGACGCCCUUGCUGUCUUAAUAGGCGGCAAGUUAUCUAGACAUCAGUACGAAAUAGUCAGGGCUAGUGCUCCAGAUAGAUUUCCUUCGUAUAACGUCGUCCUAGCAGCCAAAAAGCUAUGCUAUCCGAAAAAUGUUAGUAUCACAGAAACCUUAGCGAUCGUUCCUUUGCAGGACUUACUUAAUCACACUGUUCAACGUUUAAUUCAAACUAUUAAAAAUGUAUUUGAAACACAUGUACAAGAUGCUGAAUUAGAUAAAUUAUGUAUGUACACAAAAUGGGGAUUUGAUGGCUCCUCGGGUCACAGUUCUUAUAAACAAGCCUUUCAUGGCCCUGAAGCCAGUGAUUCAGCUGUAUUCAUUACGUGUAUGGUUCCUAUUCGAUUAGUAUGUAACACAAAGAUUAUUUGGCAAAACCCGAGUCCAGCCUCAACAUUGUACUGUAGGCCUCUUAAAAUUCAAUUUGUCAAGGAGUCUACACAAGUUUCCAUUGCAGAAAAAAGCAGGGUCGACGAUGAAAUAAAAAAUAUUCAAAAUUCCACCACAAUAGUCCAAGACAGAAGUGUGCAAAAAAUUGAACAAUUUCCGCCGGCAGUAAUUAAUAUGUUUAAAGCUCCAAAUGUGCAAAUGGUUGCUAAAAAAGAUGCUGACAAUUUAGAAGAAGACGAAGACGCCACUUCUGAUGAUUCGGAUGUAUAA